UGGGGAGGUAGGGAGCUGCUGGGCAGAUGUUAAUUUUGGAACUUGCUGUGUGCCACAGGACCACCAGUCAUUUUGCAAGCGCCUCAAAACGCCACCAUCAACAUGACCCAGGACGUGGAGUUCGAGUGUGAGGCAGACGCCUAUCCCUCCAACGUUACAUACACCUGGUCAAAGCACAGGGUCAACGUUCAAUACAUCAGGGACAUGCGUCACCGAGUGUCCGUGCGGUCGGACGGGAGGCUGCUGCUGCGGGGGGCGACUGCACUGGACAGCGGCUGGUACGCCUGCACCGCCAGCAACGGGGUGGGAGAGCCGCCGCGACUCGAUGCCUACCUCUCCGUCCUGCACCCAGCCUACACCCUGCCGAUGCCUCCCAUCACCAUCCUCGCCUCGGGGCUGGGGGGUCGGAUCCCGUGCCCGUCUGUCUCCACCCCCCCACUGAGCCACGUGACCUGGAGCAAGGACGGACACCCACUGCCAGUCGCUCAGGUGCCUGGUUGGUCCCUAGCGGAGGACGGGGCCAUACUGAUAGCGGUGGUGGACAACACAGCUAGGGGUGUCUACAGCUGCACCCCCUACAACAGCCUGGGCACCCUGGGGAACUCCACCCCCACCCACAUCAUACUCAAGGACCCUCCGAAGUUUGUAGUGCGGCCGGCGGCGAGUUACCGGUCGGCAAUCGGUCAGGAGCUGAGAAUCGGCUGCACCGCCACGGGGGAUCCACGGCCCAGAGUCAGCUGGAGCAAGCCGGACAAGGUGGGUGCCCAUUACCGGGUGCUGGUUGACGGGACACUGUUCCUCGGCCCCGUCUCCCUGCAACACCACGGCCUCUGGGAGUGUGUCGCCAGCAACAACGUGUCGCAGGUCACCACCAACACCCGGCUCCAGGUCACAGGCACCAGUCCACACCCUGCGACCACGGUGACCCUCGGCGCUGGAAGUUUUGGGGUGAAUGUUUCCUGGUCUCCGGGGUUCGAUGGAGGUCACCAGCAACACUUCUCCAUCUGGUUUCGGCAGGUGGCCCCCCAGCUACACGGCUGGAUUUUCCGGAAGGUUCCGCUGGGUGCCCGCUGGCUGUGGGUGGCUGGUCUGUGGCCUGACACGUGCUACCAGUUCAGUGUGCUGGCACAGAGCGAGCGGGGGAGCAGUCCCUUCACUGAGAUCCUGUCCGCCUGCACCCAGAGUGUUCCCAUGGCAACAAGCCCACCCCGGCACCCGGUGAUGGAACGGCUUCACCUCCUCCCACCCAGCUCCCUGGUGGCCAAUCGGACCCAGCGCGGGAUCUUGCUGUGUUGGGCAGCUCCCCUUCCCUCCUCACUGCCUCCCACCGUCUAUCUCCUGGAGUCCUGGGAAGGCAGUGGCUGGAGACUGAUGUACAGUGCGAUCCCAGCCACACAAGAGGAGCUGCUGCUGACGGGGCUGGUCAAGGACUCGCACUACCUGCUGCGUCUGCGGUCCCGGCGUGGGGAGCAGGUCAGUGUGGCCAGCCUCACCGUCAACGUGUCCACACAGGGAAUGGUGUGGCUCCCUCCCCAGGAGGGGGGGGACGGGUCGGUGAGGGCAGGGGUCAUCGCAGGAGGCUGCUUCCUGCUCACGGCCGUGAUGGUCAGCGUGCUGGUCUCCUGUGUCAGCAACCUGCGGCGGGCACGACGGAGGAAGGACGUUCCAAUCAUGUUCAGUCAUUUCCAGACAUCUCCAGAAUCACGAUACCCUGACAGCCCAGAUAGUGUCCUGAAGCUGAAGGUCCUGGUUCCAGUCUACGAGACUUUCUCUGGUGUUGACUGCUCCCCCGGGGCAGUCAGUGCCGGGGCGGACCGGCCAGUGUCGGCCCGCCUGCAAGGUAUACGCCGGGGCCCCGAUGGUCGCUUUGCUGUGGACCCAGGCCCCAGCCCCGUGGCUCUGGCCUUCCCACAGAGAGCGGAGGGCAGACUGGAGCGUUGGGGUCACCAGCUGGAAUCUGGGCAGACUUCCACCCCUCUAGCCAGCAGCCCAGCUGGCGAAUCCAGGCCUGUCUUCACCCCAGGCCUCAGCCCCAUCCAUGUACCACCAGGCCCCAGCCUCAGCCUACCCAGGGCUCUGGGACCCAGCCUGAGGAGCGGGGCAGAGCUCGACGCAGGGACAACCGACACAGGGAUCCUGAGGUGCGGGGAGAGGAGAGCCCACUGCACCGACCCACCGCACCCCAGCUGGCAAGACCCUAGGCUUGGGCUGGACCUCCCCCCUGGGUCCCUCCCUCCCUCCCACCUGGCCUCCCCCACUUCCCGCUGUGCUGCUCUGUGGGCAGAGUUUCAGGAGGUGCGGGGGGCAGUGAGGGGGGUAGGGGACUGGCAGAGGGGAGGGAGCCCCCAUCGCUCGAUCCAACAAGCCACUCUGCUCUGAGACCUGCCCUGGCAUCGGACUGUGCACCUUACUGCAAGGAGUGGAAUCAGACACAGUGCACAAGUUGGAAUAAAACCAUUCUCUUGAUCA